AUGAAGACCUCCGCCCUCGCCCUCAUCUCUGCCGCCGGCCUUGUUGCCGCCCAGAACGUUACCGUCGCUCCCACCGUCACUGAGACUGGUAUUGUCCAUGUCAACUCCACUGUUGUCGCCACCAUCACCUCUUGCGGAACUGGAGGCUGCCACGCCCCCACCAACGGCACCCUCCCCACCCCCGUUCCCCCCGUGACUUCCAUCCCCAUUGCCAACGGCGCCGUUGCUAUUGGUGGAUCUGUCGCCGCUGCCGGUAUCGCCGCUGUUGCCAUGCUUCUGUAA